GGUCUUAGCUAGAAUCCGUUCACUUCCGGGUCACCUUUUCCCGUUUUUCGCCCUCCCUUUUCUCGUACGGACACGCCGCAAGUGAAAGCCGGCGCGUCUUCGGCCACCUCGCAGCUUCGCCUCCCGUGCUUGUAGAUCGAGCCCCGGCCUCGGAGAUGUUGCUGCGGCGCUGGCGAGGCCCUGGUGCCUGUGGAGGCUGGUUGGCGGCGGGGCUGCUGCUCUUGCUGCAGCUCAGCGGGUCGGUCCGCGCCUCGGAGAUCACCUUCGAAUUGCCCGAUAAUGCCAAGCAGUGCUUCUAUGAGGAGAUCGUGCAGGGCACCAAAUGUACCUUGGAAUUUCAGGUAAUUACUGGAGGACACUAUGAUGUUGAUUGUCGCUUAGAAGACCCAGAUGGGAUUGUGCUAUAUAAAGAAAUGAAGAAACAGUAUGAUAGUUUUACUUUUACCGCAUCUAGAAAUGGAACAUACAAGUUUUGUUUCAGCAAUGAGUUUUCAACUUUCACACACAAAACAGUUUACUUUGACUUUCAAGUUGGAGAUGACCCACCUCUCUUUCCUAGUGAAAACAGAGUCACUGCACUCACUCAGAUGGAGUCCGCAUGUGUUUCAAUUCAUGAGGCUCUAAAGUCUGUCAUUGAUUAUCAGACACAUUUUCGACUGAGGGAAGCACAAGGCCGUAGCAGAGCAGAAGACUUAAACACGCGGGUGGCUUAUUGGUCAAUAGGCGAAGCCAUCAUUCUACUUGUAGUUAGCAUUGGGCAGGUAUUUCUUCUCAAAAGCUUCUUUUCUGACAAAAGAACCACUUCAACUCGUGUUGGAUCAUAACAAGCUUUAAAUCCAUUGUUUGAAAAAUAUAUUAUUAUUUGAAUGAUUUCUAGUUAAAGAACUUAAGUACAGGGAACUUUUUAAAUACCUUUAGCUUUCUCACUUCAAAGUUCUGAAAUUCAUACUUCCAAAAGCUGUCACAGAAAAAAAAGACAGUCUUUUAUUUGUUAUAUAUUUGGGUUUUCUUUCACAUCUGCUGAGAAAUCUAAUGAUUGCUAUUUUUUUUAAAAAAAUGAGACUUGUUUGUAAGUACAUAGUGCUUUAAGAAAAUCCUUUUAAGUGGUUAAUUAAAAGAUUGUCCUUAUGAAUGAAAAAAAUCUGACCUUGCAAGCUGAAAUAUUGAAAUGAAAACAAAAACACAUAAUUAACAGUAGUCUCAAAGUCUUGUACUGCACUGUUUUGAGGGUCUAUGGAAAUUCUAGGGUCUUGAAUAAUUUUUUUGGGUGUCUGUAUAUAUAUAUAAUUUUACUGUACCAAUUUUAGAGUCCUGGAAAAAAACAUUUUUCUAUGCAUUGAAGGGUUAUUGUUUUUGCAUUUUGCUUUUUAAAUUAAAUAAUGGGGGAAAUGCCUUCUAAUUCUUGAAGCUGAGUCUUUGAGGAUUGCUGUUGUUGCUGCCUUGAGAACUAAAUCAGCUUUGACGCAAACCAUCUAAAUUUUAGGAAUCUGAUGUUUUCACUUGAUAGCAAAAAUGCACUGGUUUAAGUAACUUGCAGUUACUCUCUUUAAUAUUAAAUCAGAGCUGUUCAACUGUAUGCCCUUUAGAUAUUUGUAACUAUAAUUCCAAUAAAUUUUAAAGACAGGUCAGUAAUCAGGAGAGUUACAAUCCAAGAGAUCUGGAGACUACCAUGUUAAAUAAAGGAUUGUAUGGCCAGAAGUGGCUUGAGUGUUUUGGUCUAAAUAAUUGAUUUAUUAAGCAAUGUAUGCAGAUGCUGGAUAUAUGUGAAUUAAUUUGCUGAUUAAACAUUCUAAAUUGAUGGGGGACAGUUUCUCGUGUGUACUUACAUACUGUAUUGCCCUAUCCUACCAGCUUUAUGCUAAGGGUAUUUUUUCAAGACCCUUACAAGAUUUGGGAGAAUGAGGGAUUUUGCAAUAUAAUUGCUAGUUCUAUUAUACCUGCUUUCUAAUGUCCCAAAUGCUUUUAUGGGUUUUUAAGGUUGCACACUCUUAUUUCAGAAUACCCAAAAGAAAUUAACAUUACCACCAUAACCAUACACAUUAAAGGUAAGCCUCAUUCCUCUUAGUAAAACUGGAUCUUCUAAAUGGAUAACAAGGCUUGUCUGAGAGGAUGAAGAAAAGUUGAGUUGCAAAAAUAUGAAUACCACUAUGCUUAAAGGAUAACACUCAAUAAAAUAAGCUUGCUGUUUUAUAGUACUUUUGUGCAGAGAAUUGACCCAUUUCCCCCCAUUUCUUUGUAGAUAUCCUGUAAGCACAUUUUACAUUUUUUUUCUGUAUGAGCUACCUUACUGUGCUGUAAAAGGACGAGAGGUGCUCUGUCAUGGAGUCUGACUAACUGACGAUGCUAAAAAUGCUUAACAUUUCCCCUUAGUUUGUGGAUGUGGCUUUUUAGAAAAGAGAACAUUGAUGUGGUUAGAGAUGGUGAAUAUUCCAGUGCUGUAUUUAUUUAACAUUCUGCAAUAAUAGCUUGCUGUAGAAUGUGCUUGGUCUUUCAUUUGAGUUUACAGAAAAUAAAUCUAUUGAACGUAUUUGUUGUUUCUAGUAAAGGCCACCUAUAUGCCAUUUGUGAAAACAGGGUAAUUAAACCAGUUUUAGGGUAAUGCGCUUUACCCUUCUAUUACUUUUAACGAUUCAUAUACAAGAGGCCCAUAGAAAUUCUAUAAAACAAAGAUUGACAGAAGUGAUAUUUGGCCAUAAAUCUGAGGAAGUCUCAUAAGGGCCUACCUGUUCAGAUUAAAGUUGUAAACUUUUUUUUGUAAAUAGGUCAGUGUGAAUUUCUUUAGUUUUACUUUUUUCAUUUCAAAGUUUGGCUAUCUGUAUCAAACUGGUUACAUAUAUGAUGGAGAAAAGGCUCAUAACCAUGGCCUGAUUUCUGAAUUUGUAAUAGACAGUUAACAGGAUGUAAUUCAAGGAUAAACAUGCAUAUUCGAUGACUUGCCAAUAUGGAUAUAAAUACUAUUUUUCAAAGUUCUAGGUAUUUACCAUGCAUUAUUUCAGUUCAAUCAUACUUAUUUUUGGCACAUUGUAUAAAAUUUACAUCUAAUUCCUUAAUUUAUAAUAAUAAUAAUAUUUGACUUAUUUUUGUAGGAUAGGAUUUGGGACAGUGACUUAACUAUUUGGAUUCUGUCUAAAUUAUCUUGUAUCUUGCUGCAGUUUAUAUUUUUUUCAAUAUUCUUUUCUCAUAUUUUAGAAAUUUGAAAGUUGCCAUAAUUGGUUCUAGCAUAUAUUCUUAUUAGCCGUGGUUAAUAGACAAAAGCAAAUUUCAAAGCAAUCUUAAAAAUGUAUGUAAACACAAUUUGGUCAUAACAAUUAUUCAGACAAAGACUCUGCCACAUAUAUAUAUAAUUAAAAUAGUUUAACCAUA